AUGAUGAAGCAAUCAUUCUAUAAGCGUGCAAAGGCUCUAUAUGAUGCGGAUUACGAAAAGGACAAGAUUCCGUUGAUUCAGUCCGUCAUACUUCUUUCAUUCUGGCUGGCCGAGGAGGACGAUAGAGAGGGAUCUUGGCAAUGGCACGGCAUCGCAAUCAGCCUCAGCCAGAGCAUCGGCUUACACCGCAACCCCAUCAGCACGAAUACGACGGUCUCGAGAAUCAAUUUUAACGAUCAACCGCUAUCCAACGAACAGUACCGCUUAUGGCGACUCAUAUGGUGGAUGUGUUAUGUUCGGGACGCAUGGCUAUCGUUUGGUAUGGGUCGCCCAAUGCGCAUUCAUCUCGAUGACUGCGACAUGCCAAUGCCCACCGCCUCCGAUGUGCGAGCGCUAUACGAUGGUUUGCAGCCUAAGGAAGCCGAGAGCUACUUGCCAAAUGAUACAAGCCACGCCCUUCCAAAAAUGUGGCAGGGUUUCUUUGAGUUGAGUCUUUGCCUUGGUCAGAUAUUGCGGACACACUAUCGCGUAAGGAAAGUUGCGUCAGAAGACCCUCCUGGGCCACCAAUUGCGAUCCUCAUUGAGAGGGAUCGCAAGGAGCUGGUAAAGUGUCGCGCAAACUUUCCAAGCGAGGAGGAAUUUGAGAACCGUGUUCUUCUGGCUCACUUGUACCACCUCUGUAUCUACUACGAGGCGGCGACGAUUGGCCUUCACCGGCCAUACAUUACUCGGAGUGGCGACAAGAUCUUCAUUGAAGAGGCCUGGCGUCUCCGAGCCACAAGACGAGCCAAGUCAGCAGCGUCUAAUAUCAACAGCAUACUGAACAAGAGCAUUGCAUCACAGACUGUUGACAUCUGCCAUCCAAUGAUGGUUACGGCACUUAUACCUGCAUUGCAGAUAAACCUCCUCUGCUCCAUCUCCAGCGACGCUUUAACGCGUUCAGUCGGUCGACUGCAGCUUGACAUCUGCAUGCUUGUCCUAUCAGAACUUCGAAAGACGUAUUGGGCGGCGGAUUUCAUAUACUCCUUAUUCGCCAAGGCGAGGGCAAAACUUCUAGCCUCUGGGGCGUGGGACUCGGUACCAUCUAGCAACACUUCGCGAACUAGUGCGGCCGUCGCAGACACAAGGCCUCCAAUAGGGCGCCGAGGAAAUGCCACCGAUCCACCGCAGUUGACAAGAAGAGAACUAGGUGUGGGGGCCUCAGGCACGUCAGCUACUCCCGUGGCAGAUUCUAGUCCUCUUGACGUUGUCCACGGAGCUCCUUCCCAAGCGAGGGUACCCGCAUCCGAUCUGAGACAAGAACAAGUGACAUGUAACGAGGGAGGCUAUCUCGGGGACACGGAGAUGCAGGAAGAUCAAAGCGACCUCAUGCAAUUUGCAAUAAUGGAUAUCUUCCCGGCGGGUCUAGAUUUCACAGCCUGCACCAACCCGUAUGGUGGAACACUCGGGCUUCCAAUCACGCUACCCAGCAUAGCAUCCCGUUCUACCUCCGACUAUGCCGCAAAUGCUGGUGGACCCGACGUCCAGGGACCACCACUCCUGGAGCGUCCGUGGCGCGCCGAGACCGAUCCGUUCGACGCGAUGCCAAGCCCCUGCGAGAUCAUCGACCAGUCAGUCCAACAGAACCCGGUAUCACCAAAUCUUCUCAACGCCUACACCGCUUCACUGACCUACGACAAGUAA